AUGGCGAGUAUAGGAUUAAGCGCCCCGCACACAGAAGAAAGGGUCGUUUUUACACAACUGAAACCCGUAAGGAUGUCUAACGCAGACGGCGGAGAGGACUCGUCCGUGUUUGAGGAAGUUAAACCUUCGGUGAGAAUAACUGCAAGUCCGGCGGAAAUGGCCCAGACACGGAUGGAGAUGGAUAAAUAUCUACCGCAGAGUGGCCCGUUGCUGUCUCCCCCGGCGACGGAUAAGAAAUACAGGCGCGAGAGCGCGUCGGUGGUGGAUGAGUAUUUUUCGGAGGAGAAGCCAGCUCCGUACAGUCUCAACAUCAACGUGAUCCUGCCCAACACCACACACCUCCGCACGGGGCUGUACCGUCCCGCCAAACCCAUGGUCCAACAGAUCAAAUCGGAACCCGGGGUGGAGGCCGCCGCCUCCUGCUCCACCCAGACGCUGCCGGACUUCACCUCCGUCUUCAGCAUGCCCCAGACGGUCAACAGCCUCUUCAUCAAACCCGAAGUCGGUCACGCCGACGACCUUCACAUCGGCCCUCAGCAGCCCCAGGUCUACCAGAUGCCCGUGAGCGCCGGCGCCGGCGACCUCACCAUGACCCUGUCCCACAGCCAGUCGGGAAGCAGCACGGUGGACAGGACCAUGCUCAACCUGAGCAGCGUCGCCAUGACGACCCCGACGGGCGAGUUCCUCAUGCCCGAGCAGUUCUACCCCUCCCCUCAGCCUCACAGCCUCCCGCCGUCUCCGCCCAACUCCCAGCCCGGAAGCCCGGAGAACCAGAGCGAACUGAUCAACACGGCCGCACACCAAACACCCCCGCCUCCUCCGUACCAGCCCCGACUGGGCCUGAAGAUGGGUCAGAUGACCCCCCACUCGGUUCUCAUGACCCACGGGCAGGGCGUCCUGACGGGACCCAGGUACAACCGACGGAACAAUCCAGAACUGGAAAAGAGGAGGAUCCACCACUGCGACUAUCCUGGAUGUACCAAAGUUUACACAAAGAGCUCUCACUUGAAAGCACACCAAAGAACACACACAGGUGAGAAGCCGUACCGGUGCAGCUGGGAGGGUUGUGACUGGCGCUUCGCCCGCUCCGACGAGCUGACGCGACACUACCGCAAACACACGGGCGCCAAGCCCUUCAAAUGUUUGGCCUGCAGCCGCUGUUUCUCCAGGUCGGACCACUUGGCACUGCAUAUGAAACGCCAUCAAAACUGA